AUUUCGUACUGCACAGGGUAUCAUGGCGCAGAGGAGGCCGAAGAGAUUCGAGGCAUCAAACUUUAAUUUCAGCUCGAUUUGUAAAGCGUUAACGCGUUGUACUCUAUGAAACAGCCGGUGAAGACAUAGUGCUGACAACAGCAUUCUGACCACAAUCACCGGAAACUGAGAUACCCAGCGAGAGGAGAGAUGGAAAAGCCAGUCUUGCAGACACAACCGUCCACCCUGCCUUUUUUUGACACGGCCCAUGCCUUCAACCUGCUGCGGGGAAUCCAUGAACUCCGUGCUGAACGAAAGUUUUUCGAUGUUACUUUGUGUGCGGAAGGCCGAGAGUUUCACUGUCACCGCACAGUGUUGGCAGCUGCCAGCACCUACUUCCGGGCUAUGUUCACAGGAACUUUGAGGGAGAGUGUUAUGGACCGAGUGGUUCUACACGAGGUGUCAGCUGAGCUUUUAGGUCUGCUGGUGGACUUCUGCUACACGGGACGGGUCACCGUCACUCAGGAUAAUGUGGACGUCCUACUGAAGACGGCUGAUCUCUUUCAGUUCCCCUCUGUCAAAGAGGCCUGCUGUGCUUUUCUGGAGCAGCGGCUGGAUGUUUCCAACUGCUUAGAGAUCCAGGACUUUGCAGAGGCCUACGCUUGCCGAGAGCUGGCGACCAGUGCUCGCCGCUUCGUCCUAAAAAACAUAAUGGAGCUGGCCAAAGGGACUGACUUUGAGCGGUUGCCUUGGAAGCGCCUCCUUGAAUUUGUGUCAGACGAUGAACUUUGCGUGGACAAGGAGGAGACAGUUUAUUUAAUUGCAGUGCGCUGGGUGAAGGCUGAUCUCCAGCGGAGACUGCACUACUGGCCCGAGCUCCUCCAGCAGGUCCGACUCCCCUUCGUCAGGAGGUUCUUUCUGUUGGCGCAUGUGGAGAGCGAUCCACUCGUCUACCUUUCGCCCACCUGCCUCCGCAUGGUAAACGAAGCUCGUAGCUUCCAGUCCUGUGAGUAUGACCGCCAUGACAGGCCCUGCCACCGUAUGAGGCCACGGCCAUCAACAGGAUUGGCAGAAAUCCUGGUGGUGGUAGGAGGCUGCGACCAGGACUGUGAUGAGCUGGUCACUGUGGACUGUUACAACCCCCAGACUGGACAGUGGCGCUACCUGGCUGAGUUCCCUGACCACCUUGGAGGAGGCUACAGCAUAGCUGCCCUUGGAAAUGAUAUGUAUGUCUCAGGUGGCUCCGACGGCUCUCGCCUCUAUGACGGUGUGUGGCGGUACAAGUCCAGUGUCAAUGAGUGGACAGAGGUGUCCCCCAUGCUGAAGGCCCGCGAGUACCACAGCUCUUGUGUGAUGAAAGGUCAGCUGUAUGUGGUGGCGUCGGACAGCACCGAACGCUAUGAUCACGCUCUGGACUGCUGGGAGGCCUUACCGCCCAUGUUGCACCCUAUGGAUAACUGCUCCACCACCACAUGCAAUGGCCGCCUGUAUGCCAUUGGCUCUCUGACUGGGGAGGACACCAUGACCAUCCAGAGCUACGAUGCAGACACCAACCGCUGGGUCGUGGUCAGCUGUGGACAGCUGCCCCCAUGGUCCUUCACACCAAAAACUGUGACCCUCAAAGGCCUCAUCUACUUUGUCAGGGAUGACUCAGCUGAGGUUGAUGCUUACAACCCUCAAAAGAACGAGUGGUACAAAAUUAGUCCGAUGACCCAGGUCCACGUUGGAGGCAGUGUUGCAGUCCUGGGCGGUAAAUUAUACGUGUCUGGUGGUUACGACAAUACGUUUGAACUGUCAGAUGUGGUGGAGGCCUACGACCCGACCACCCGAACGUGGACUCUUGCUGGACGACUUCCACAGCCGACCUUCUGGCAUGGCAGCGUCAGCAUAUUCCGCCAGUUCAUGCCCCUGGUGUCCACUGCAUUUGCACCUACUGACAUACCUGAGUCACACGCCAUUCGCUUGCACCGUCACCAGCGUCACCAAGCCCUCCACAAUCUCAACAACAAUCUUAACCAAAACCAGGAUGUGAACCCAGCACACUGAGUUUGGACCUAGAGAUCCCUGUCAGAUUUUCAGUUUCAGUUCUCUUUGUGCCCUAAGUAGUUUACCUCAUCACAGUGCUGAACUUGUUAGAGGCAGAAGAGAAGACUGAGCAUUUGAACGAACCGUUGGAGUGGAAAUGAAGCUUGUGCAUGUGUGCUCAGUUCUACAAUUAUUGAGAUUUAUGGAACAGAAUCAGGUGUACGUACAGCUUUAUAAAUCUGACAAAAAGAAUG